CAAAGUUCUCCCCCAGGCCAAAGCUUAGGAAGCGCAUUGAAGGCUGAAGCAAAAUGGGGACGCUUCCAUCUCCUCAUCAAUCUGGGGCUCACAGCAAACGCCCUUAUAAGUGAUAGGUAGAUGUAUACAUAGCGAGCAGCCGAAACCUUAUCGAAGUUGCUAAGUGUGCAAAGCCCUGAAGAGGUCAGAUAAACAACCAAGCUACUUAAACCGGUAUAUGGUGGCAUUGGUGCACUCCGGUUACAGAGAGAGUAGAAUGUGCUACAUAUCACACGCAUCUGGGACUAGCAUGAUUGUGCUGAUUCGCAUCAGCUCUGCUCCAAUGAAUAUGUGACUGUGGACGAUGAAGCUCAAAGAUGAGCGCCCAGGCAAGUGCUCCGCUUGUGGUGGACCGACCAACAUGGAGAGCGGUCUUACGAAAGCUGCGCCUGCUUAUGCAAGUCCAAGCACCCGGCAGAUGCGCCUCUUCAGGUUUCUUCUAGUCUUCUUGGACUGCAUUUUCAUUGGAAUGCAGCCCAUCCUGGUGUACAUGUGCAAAGAUGCAGACGGGACGUUCCCGUUCAACCCAGUUUCUGUCAACUUUCUGACAGAGGUGACCAAGACAACGUUUGCUGUGGGGAUGCUACUCACUCAGGCGAGGAGGCAGACAAGGGGGGAGAGGUCACUGCUUUCAAAACAAGUGGUCGUACAAGCUGCUCGAGCCAACUACCUUUUGGCUGUUCCCGCGGGUCUCUUCGCUGUAAAUAAUUACUUGAAGUUUGUCAUGCAACUUUAUUUCAAGCCAGCAACUGUCAAGAUGUUGGGCAACUUGAAGAUAUUGGUCAUAGCCCUCCUCCUCAAGCUAGUCAUGCGGCGGCGCUUCUCCACGUUGCAAUGGGAGGCGCUUUGCCUACUACUGAUAGGAAUAAGCGUUAACCAGAUACCAACGCAGUCCAACUCCGACGGUCCAGUGCAAGCACUGCCGCUUGCGGGGUACCUGUGCACGCUACUAACGUUGACAAUCCCUUCCACGGCCAGUGUAUAUAACGAGUAUACCUUGAAAAAGAACUUCGAAACCAGCGUUCAUCUACAGAAUCUGUUCCUGUACAGUUACGGCCUGGCCUUUAACCUGCUGGGUCUCGUUGCGUUCGUGCUAGCCAAGCCGCGCGACGGGCGGAGCGUGUUUGCGGGCCACAGCGCCAUGACCAUGCUGCUGGUCGCCAACAACGCCAUGCAGGGCAUCCUCGGGUCCUUCUUCUUCAAAUACGCCGACACCAUCCUGAAAAAGUACUCAUCCACAAUCGCCACCAUCGUGACGGGACUGGCAUCAGCCGCUCUCUUCGGUCACACGCUCACCAUCAACUUCGUCCUUGGAAUAUCGAUCGUCUUCAUCUCAAUGCACCAGUUCUUCUCCACGAUCCCCCCUAGCAAGGCUAAGGUGGCGCCAGAGCCGCAUGCGGCGGACGGGCUCCGUUUCUCGAGCGUUGCGAUGAACGGAUCCGCGGACAAGGACGUAGCUCUUAUGAACAUGUCAGCGGGCGCUGAAGAGCAGGUGCCUUUGAUACACAGAAAAGACUCUGCGUCAAUGUUGUUGCCUAGAUAGCAGGCCUUCAGCGCCUCGCUGAAGCCGUCAUUGCUCGCGUCCUAGAAUUCGUAGAGAAGAGAAGCUAGAAGGAUAAACGAGAAAAUGCAAGAUUCAAGCUCCUUCAGUCGGAUCGUAAGAGUAUGCCGAUAAGUGAGAAACAAGUGCAACGUACACUCCUUAUGAAUCCUCAAGUAUUUGGUGCAGAAAAGUGCAUUGCGGAUAGUUUUAGUUCAAGUCCUUCGUUGCGAGCUUCUGGCACGCUGUACGAGACAAGAGCUUUUUUUAGAAGAUUCCGAGUCACAUGCUCUUAUUAGUACAUGCAACAAACAAGUCUUUAAUCACUCAAAAAUUCACAAAACUCACGACAAUUAAGGACUCUGAUCAGUCUGGCUGCGCACUUGCUACAGCCGGCGGCCGU